AUGGAUGAAGAAGAGUUUUUAUUGUUGUGGACUGCGAGCAAGUAUAAAAAUCCCGACUUUCCUGUGGAGUGUUACACAUUCUUUAACAUGGACGAAAAACAUCCUAGCGAAGUUAAUUAUAAAGCUGAAUUCCGCUACGAAAAGAAAGAUAUUCCUUAUAUGGCUGAGGUGCUUAGAAUUCCCUACGAGUUUAAAUGUCGUCAAGGUACAGUUUGCGAUGGUAUGACAGGUUUGUGUAUCGUAUUAAAGAGACUUACACAUCCUUGUCAUUUUGGGGACAUGAUUUCUUCCUUUUGGUUAUCCGUUCCUGAGCUGUGUAUGAUUUAUAACACUGCCAUCGAUCGUAUUUUUAACGAACAUAGUGAUCUGGUUAGCCAGUGGAAUAACACAUUUCUCGGUGCUGAAAAACUACAAAAUUACGUUCUUGAUUCAGUGGCUGCUAAAGGAGCCGCUUUGAGAAAUUGUUUUGGAUUUGUACAUGGGACAGUACGUCCUAUUUGUCGUCCAGUCAAUAACCAGAAGGUGUAUAAUGGGCAUAAGAGAGUACACAGGAUAAAAUUUCAGUCUGUCGUCUUGCAGAAUGGCAUGAUUGCAAACCUGUAUGGACCAACAGGUAGUGUACAUUGUUUUCAUAUUUGUAGUUAUAUUACUUUUACUGUAUUAAGUCAAUCAUUUCUCAUGUAAGAAAAACAUUCCACUAUAAACAUUUUAUUUUGUGUUCAUUGUAGAAGAAUGAAGGCAUGACUCCGGAAUGCUGGCAGACUCUGUGCAUAUAUGGGGAUCCAGCAUAUCCUUUAACAACCCAUCUACAAGCGCCAUUCAGACAAGUCCCGAUCACAGCAGAAACGGGAGCAUUUAACAAAAGUAUGAGCAAUGUGCGUGUAGCUGUGGAAUGA